AUGGCUGCCCAGUCUGGCGACUCUAUCCCAAUUGCUCAAACAGACCCUUCCACGGAUCGGGCCGUUCCUAUGGCUUCUCCAACGCCAGUGCGAACCCCCCAGAAUCACCCGACCCCUUCAAAUGAAGACACAGUGAGCACCCCGGAUGAGUCUCCCUCCGCUUCUUCUACUCCAUCCAGUUCUCCAUUGUCUGGCCUGUCAUCUUCGGCAUCUUACUCCCAGUCUUCCUCAUCUACUGGGGAGGAUAGGGCAAUCAACGCGGCUCUGAAGCUCCUAGCGGAAGACCUUGACUCCAUUGACAACGGCAGGCCAAACAAGAAGACUCGAGUAGAUGCGCCACAUACCCUGUCCAAGCAUUUGCCGUCUCCCGACUCGCCAGAUUCCUCGGCUUCCAACAUCGCGCGGGUUCCUAGGGACCCCGCAACGUUGCCUGAACAAUCGGGACCUUCGCAGGCACUGGUGUCUAGCCGCGCUCAGGCAGAGGUGACCGUUGAGACGCCCCAGAAGCGGAUAGCGCAAGCUAUCGGACCAAGACCCAAGGGCCUGCAAAGUUCGUCUUGGGUGACUGUGGAACAGGUCACGCUCGAAACGCCCUCGAAGAAGAGUGCGAGCCCGUCGCAGGCCAAGGGUUUAGCUACAUCUUCUUGGGCGGGGCAUGGAGAGAAGGAUGCACUUCCGUCUUCCAGGCCGAGUAUCAACCAAGGGCUUCGACGCUUUUCAAGAGGUCAAGGACUAUAUAAGUAG